CAAGUAGUUUUGAUUUUUCGUCUUCACAACUCUGGCAAGGUGAACUUCGUGCAGUGAAGUUCGUUUGGUCUCAUCCCUUUCUUCAGUCUGUAGUUACUGUCUUCUUCAACUUCAAGAUAAUAUGGCCGUGCAAGCUCCCAACCUCAGCCCCUAUGAAUUGCGACGAGAAGAAAUGAUUCGAGAGAGAAAAGCAUUCCUGAAGGAACUUUUCCCCGAGGGCGAAUUGGCGGCAUUGAAACGCGACAUUGCUCCGAAGAGACGAGCUCCGGCCAGCAAGCCACGCUCUACUCCACAAAGGUCAGCUCGUCUUCAAGGUCCGAUUCGCAGGAGUGCUCGCCUAAGCAGUGGUGGUGCAAAGAAGUCAACAAAGUAUUGCGAACUUGAGUAUGACGAGCUUCCGAAGUAUUGCUCCAGGCCGAGGAGUUCUGUGCCGGUGCCCGUUGAACUGGAUGAUGACGCUACCCAGUAUGACCCGAAAGAUUUAACUCAGAUAGCCCAGAGUACUUCAGAGAAAGUCUACGACCGAGUGGAGGGUUCCACCUGCCAUCAAUGCCGUCAGAAAACUAGGGACUUGAAAACGACAUGUCGCAACAAGCACUGUGUCGGUGUGCGUGGCCAGUUCUGUGGGCCCUGCUUACGUAAUCGCUACGGAGAAGAUGCAGCAGAGGCAUGUAAAGAUCUGACUUGGGUUUGCCCGCCGUGUCGCGACAUUUGCAACUGCAGCUUCUGUCUACCGAAGCGUGGCCGUCGACCGACUGGCAUUCUUAUACACAUUGCACGAGACAACGGCUUUGACAGCGUGCACUCGUUCUUGAAGAAAGAGUCCAGUGAAGAGUAAUGUCAUCAUCAGACCCCCACUCUCACUCCAUGAACCAAUCUCAUCUGAACUAUGACUUACUCGUGCAUGUACAUCAAGUACCCGUAUGUGCACAAUCACCUCACAGUGUGUGUGUGUGUGUGUGUGUGUGUGUGUGUGUGUGUGUGUGUGCAUGCUAUGUUACCACACUCCAUUUCACUUCACCCGUGAUAUCUUACCAUUCCCGUCCCCAAAUUGACUUGGUCCUUCAACAAACCAUUCCCCUAGGUAGCUGCAAGCACGGACACAAGCGAACAUUACAACUCCAGUUUGCAACAUUUCCAAAUUUCCUUUUUUAUUACAAUUGUUUCCAGAUUAAUAGUGUUAGAUAGUCUAGAAUUGUGUUGGUAUGUAAUUUAUAUGAUGCAAGAAUCAUACUUGCAACCGCUCAAUUCAUUUCCUAGUAUCCUACUAUUGUACAUAGCGUCCGGUCUUUGACUUACUCAAUUACAGUACUACUGCAUUCUGCUGUCUUAUCAUGGUUAGUUUGUGACAUAAUAUUGUGACCAGCAACACCGGUCGACUGCUCUCGCUCUUCCUUUCUCUAGUGUGCCUUCUUGAAUCAUUUUUUUAUCUUUGUUGUCGGUGUGCUUCCCAGUCUUUGUUCAUUCAUAUUUUUUGCAAGGCAGUCUUGUCUCAAGAAAAAUUGAUAGAAUAAAAAUAAGAAGCAUGAA